AUGCACGGUGAGGCAUAUGCAAAUGAUUUAAAAUCAAUAAUUCCAUUAUCUGAUAAUACUGUAUCACGUUGGAUUUCAAACAUAUCUGAUGAUAUAUUAAAACAACUUUUAAAUAGAUUGCGAAGUAAUUAUUUUGCAAUGCAACUGGCCGAAUCUACAGAUAUCUCUAACUUUUCUCAACUUCUUGUCUAUGUCAGGUAUAUUUACAAAGAAGACAUUUUAGAAGACUUUUUAUUUUGUCAAACUUUAAAUGGCAGGACCACUGGUAAUGACAUAUUUACCCUUAAUGAUACAUUUUUUGAAAAUAAUGAAAUUUCGUGGUCAAUGUGUAAGGCCAUUUGUACAGAUGGUGCAGCAGCACUUACUGGAUCAAAGAAAGGUUUUAGAGCUAAAGUUAACGACAUUUCACCAAGUAUACUACCUAUUUACUCAUUGUAUGAUUCAUAG